UUUCAAAAAACUAAUCAAAGAAAACAUUACUUCAAUUAAGACCAUUUAAUAGCAAACAAGCUGCUUCUCGAUAACAUAUUUAGAAUUAUUCGAAUUUAGUGAAAAGUGUUAAAUAAAAAACAAAGCGAUAAGUACUACCGCGUAUUUGGAAGUGACAUUUUCAAUUUUUUGAUUAAUGAAGUGUAAUAACUUAUGAAGUGGAAUAAACUCGAAAAGUGUUCCAGGGAAUAAAGAGGAAAAUGGGCUAUAGCGAUAUGUAUGACGAAGAUGAGGAAGUUGAUUAUAAUGAUGAGGAUUCCUUACUAGCAGCAACGCAAAGGCAAGGCGAAGAUGUUAAGCCAUGGGAUUCCUUCAAAAUACUUCAUCGGAAGGCAGAGGUCGGAUCCAUGGCCGAGUCUAAAUGGAUCGAUAACGGCAUAAUAGCAUUCAAGAUUUUUACAAUAGUUGCAGUAUUUUUAGUAGUUUUAUGCAGUGCCGUCACGUCUAAGGUAACAAUGUUUUUGAUGACAUCUCAGAUUAAGAAGAAUAUAACACGUCCCUACUGUAGUCGAGUCCUUGAUUCAAGCAGACAGUACGAAUUCACAGUUCCAGCCGUAGAACGUACAACCUGGAUUUGGCUCGUUAUAUUUGCAUACUGUGUUCCAGAAGCCGGAACAUUCUUUAGAUCUGUACGGAUAUUAUGGUUCAAAAGUUGGACUUUUCCAGGAGGCUGGGAUUUUUUAUCCCUACUUCUAACCGAAUCAUUGCCGGCCGUAGGAAGUGCAUUACUUGUUUUUAAUAUACUUCCUGAAAUGGAUGUUAUAAGAGGAGCUAUGCUAACAAAUGCUUUCUGCUUUAUUCCAAGUUUAGAAUAUAUUUUAAGAAACGUAAGAUCUUAUAGAAAAGAUCUAUGGUUUACAAUGACAGCGGACCUUCUGGCUCUGGCAGCUCAAGCGUCUGCUUUUGUGGCCUGGCCUCUUAUAGAAGGCAAUUCGGUUUUGUGGCUAAUUCCUGUAUCCUCAGUUCUUAUAUCUUUCGGUUGGUGGGAGAAUUUUAUUUUUGAAAAAAUAUCAAUACCUUUCUUAAGGAACAUUGCCAGAAGAAAAAAAGAAUUCCCAAACAGCAAAUAUUUUAGCUACUCUAUUAUAUCGAUCAUAAAAUGUUUAUUAUUCCUUAUUACUGCAAUCGCUAGUUUCCAUAUCAGAGAAGGCGAUGGCUUAUUUAUAUUCGACAAUUUUGUAAAUGCCUUUUCAGAACAUCAAAUGAAUAUAACUGAGGUAAUACCUCAAGUCAGUAAUACAAAUAGUAGUGUAGAUGACGCUGUCAGUACAGGUCAAAACCAAUACCUUAACAACAAAGUUCUUUAUCAGCUCAUCAUAUGGUUUGUAAAUAUCGCUUCGACCUAUAUUUGUUACGCAUUUGGAAAAUUUGCUUGUAAAAUUAUGAUUCAAGGAUCAAGUUUUGCAUUUCCAAUAAACCUUACUGUUCCAGUGCUUAUUACUGCAUUAGUAGCCAUAUGCGGGGCGUUUGCUAGGGAUAGUUGUGUUUAUUUUGGUAGUUUUCCGACAGAAAUAACCUAUCUGUUCUUUAACACCCCUCCGCUAAUAUAUUUAAAAGACUUUGUAGGCCAUCAACAUGCUUGGAUAUGGUUAGUUUGGUUACUGUCACAGUUUUGGAUCACUCAACAUAUCUGGACUAAUAAAAAUUCGAAGCUUGCUUCGACAGAACAACUGUUUAUGAAACCGAUGUAUGACCCUUUUCUUAUUGACCAGUCGCUGGUCUUAAAUAGAAGAAAUGUUGUGGAUGAAUUAGUAAAAAUAAAAGAUGACUCUCCAAUGGACGUAACUGAAAUUGACGAAGACAAAGUAACAAGGAUAUACGCGUGCGGUACCAUGUGGCAUGAGACCCACGAAGAAAUGAUAGAGUUUUUGAAAACAAUUUUCAGGAUGGACGAGGAUCAAGCGGCCCAUAGAAUAGUAAGGAAUUACCUACAAUACCCAAUCGAAAGCUAUUACGAAUGGGAAACUCACAUAUUUUUCGACGACGCAUUUGUAAGAAAGAAUAAAGAUGACAACGAUCCACACGUCAAUUCGUAUGUGCUGGAUUUAGUAAACACCAUGUCGGAGGCUGCUUCAGAAGUUCACAAAACCACAGUUCGUAUACGUCCUCCUGUAAUUUAUCCAACACCAUAUGGUGGAAGACUGGUUUGGACCUUACCUGGAAAGACUAAGGUGAUCGCCCACCUAAAGGACAAAGCAAAAAUCCGAGCGAAAAAACGAUGGUCACAAGUGAUGUAUAUGUAUUAUCUACUAGGACAUAGGAUUAUGGAUAACGAAGAGCUGACCCCAGACAGAGUUAAAUUAAGGUCCAGAAAUACUUAUAUAAUGGCUUUGGACGGAGAUAUCGAUUUUCAACCGGAAGCCGUACAUUUGCUGGUUCAGUAUAUGAAGAAAAACGAUAGUUUAGGAGCCGCUUGUGGAAGAAUUCAUCCUGUUGGAUCUGGAGCAAUGACAUGGUACCAAGUAUUCGAAUAUGCUGUCGGUCACUGGAUGCAAAAAGCAACCGAGCACGUUAUCGGUUGCGUUCUCUGUUCCCCAGGUUGUUUUUCAUUGUUUCGAGCUGGCGCCCUUAUGGACCACAACGUUAUGGCCAGGUACACCACCAGAUCUGAAGAGGCACGUCACUAUGUCCAGUACGAUCAGGGCGAAGAUCGUUGGCUGUGCACUCUUCUGCUUCAAAGAGGUUACAGAGUGGAGUAUUCUGCAGCUUCCGAUGCUUAUACCCAUUGCCCAGAAGGUUUCAACGAGUUCUACAAUCAAAGGAGAAGAUGGAUGCCAUCUACGAUGGCUAAUAUACUAGAUUUAUUGCAGGACGCAAAACACAUUGUUAAAGUUAACGAUAAUAUUUCUUCGCUAUACAUUUUCUAUCAGAUUGUUUUAAUGGUAGGCACUGUUAUUGGACCAGGGACUAUUUUUCUUAUGCUUGUCGGUGCCUUUGUAACAGCGUUUGGUCUUCCCCAAUGGACCGCUUUUAUGUACAAUCUAAUACCUAUUGCAAUUUUUGUUUUGGCUUGCGUCUUCUUCGACUCGAACACUCAGUUAACUAUUGCUGGAAUUAUCAGUGGAUUCUAUGGUCUAGUAAUGAUGGCAGUAAUAAUUGGUGUAGUCAUGCAAAUAAACCAAGAUGGAAUACUAGCACCCUCGUCAAUGUUUUUCUUUCUUAUGGUUGCUGAAUACAUAAUCGCCGGUCUAAUACAUCCAAAAGAACUCUAUUGUCUGAAAUAUGGAAUAGUAUACUUUGUUACCGUUCCUAGCAUGUACAUGUUAUUGGUAAUAUACUCUGUCUUCAAUAUGAAUAACGUCAGUUGGGGUACAAGAGAAGUCACAGUUGUGGCAGAAAAUCCGAAUCAACCGAAAGAAGUAGUAAAAGAGGUAAAGAAAAAACAUUCCGCUAUUGUCGGUAUGUUUUACAAACUGAGAGAUUUUUUCAUGGAAUGUUGCAACGAUUCCAAACACUUAAUAAUGAUUAGCAACUCACUAUCCAAUAUCGAACUGAAAGCUGACCACAUAGAAGGAAGAUUAGAGUAUUUGGAAAGAAUAACAUUAGAUCCCGAAUCAGCAGAAAUUAGAAAAACGAUUUCAAAAAGAAAAACUACUUUUGUGGAAGGUGCGAGAGCAUCAGUACGUCCAAGACCCAGUAUGCGUCCUACUACAAUAAACAGACCGAGUCUCAGCUAUCCAAUGGAAAUCAUUAACGACACGUAUGGUGACUUUGACGAUGAUAAUGAUUCCUUCGACACUCCGUCUGAUGAUCUGCAAAAUAACAGCUGGUUUUAUGAUGGCGAGCUUUACAGAGGACACGUAACUUAUCUUGAGAAGAAAGAAGAAAUAUUCUGGUAUGACUUAAUAGACAAGUACCUACACCCCAUCGAAGACGAUAAGAAAAAAGUUGCGCAAGAUUUAAAAGACCUCAGAGACAAAAUGGUUUUGAGUUUCUUUAUGCUGAAUUCAUUAUUUGUAUUGGUAGUUUUCCUUUUGACUCUAAAAAAAGACUUAAUUCAUUUGAAUUGGCCUUUCAACCCUACCAUUAAUUUCACCUAUACUGGAACUACGUGGGGUAACGAGAUCGUAUUAACAAAAACACGUCUUCAACUAGAACCUAUAGGAUUUGUUUUUCUUAUAUUCUUCUUCGGUUUAAUGAUGGUUCAGUUCAUUUGUAUGUUCUUGCAUCGUUUUGGUACAUUCUCUCAGAUCAUGGCCAACACCGAAUUAGAUUUGAAUUUAUUCGACACGAAGGUGGAAAAUAUGACAGAGGAUGAACUGUUAGAAAAGGACCCUAUUAAAAUAUUCCGAAAACUGAUCAAGCUAAAAGGAGUAAAUGGUGACGAUGAAAAGGAAGAAGAGGUAAACAGCCACGUGUCCAGAAGAACUACAGUAGCAGCACUGAUGAAAAAUAGAAACAAAAAACGAGCUGUUAUAAAUGACCUGGACACAGCCUUUGCCAUGAGAAUGGAGAAAAUUCGAAAUAACGAAGAAUCUGAUGUACCGAUUCCUAGGAAAACUGUGGCAGCUAUUAACAGACGCCGUACUACCAUUCUGAAACGAAAAUCUGAAAUGCAGUUUCCAUCAACAAUGUACAAUAACUUUCCCAAGGAGGACGAUGAUGAUCUAUAUACAACUCAUCAUUUCGAUAACCCUGCCUUUGAGGACGCUCCAGAUGAAGUCUAAUAUGUCCUCUAUUUGAAAGAGAGAAAUAAAUACUUGAAAUAUUUAUAUUCCAACAAUUUUAAUAUUCUAUGAAGUUAUUUUUGUAUCUAUGUAUUUUAUUUAUGAAAAAAAAAAGAAAUGUAUAUUUUAUUUUACCUUUUUUAUUUCG